AUGCCACGACAGGCUCUCGCCGAAGGCUCGUGGAGAGCGACGGCCUUCCUGCCGAUGAUGCUCCUCUCCGCGAUUAUCGUCGCUCUCGUGAGCUACGUCUAUCGCGAUGCACUCCUAGUAGCGAGUCAUUCGCUGCCCUUGCCCAUCUUCAGCUUAGAUGUUAUCGACACUGGGUACGCGAGAUAUCUGGGGAACAGGACGUCUCUAAAUACUGUUGCGUACCUGGGUGUGCCCUAUGCCGAACCUCCAUUGGAUGAGAGGAGGUUCCGUGCUCCCGUUCCGUUGGAUACAGAGCGUGUGGCGCGAGAGGCAAGAGGGAAGAUCGUGGAUGCGAGAGCGUAUCCCGAGUUUUGUAUUCAGGGAACGACGGGCAGUGGAGAUGCUGGAGGAGCUGGGAGCGAAGAUUGUUUGAAAGUUAAUAUUUAUACACCUGUAGGUGCGAAACGUGGAAGCAACCUCCCAGUUCUCGUAUACAUCCACGGUGGCGGCUACCUCUACGGCAACCCGCGCAACUGGCCAUUCGACCACUGGAUCCACCAAAGCCCCAACGUCGUCAUCGUCUCCGUCUACUACCGACUCUCCUCCUUUGGCUUCCUAUCCACACCCGCCUUCCGCGACGGCACCCUUGGCGACCUCAACGCUGGCUUCCUCGACCAGAUACAGGCCCUUCGGUGGGUGCAAGCGCACAUCGCUAGCUUCGGUGGUGAUCCCAGGAAGGUGACGAUCAAUGGGGAAAGUGCGGGCGGGGCGUCGGUUGAGCUGCACCUCGUCGCUGAGGGAGGGAAGGAGGCGCUGUUCAGCGGUGCGAUUGCGCAGAGCGUGUAUAGGACGCCGCUACCGUUGCCGGAGCAGCAGCAGCCGUUAUUCGGCUUUUAUGCAAAACAGGCGGGGUGUGGUCAAGGCUCUGUUGCUGCUCAGGUCGCAUGUUUGAGGACGGCAAGUGUUAGUGCCCUCGCGCGGGCCCAGGACGCGGCCAGCUCGUCGGCGUUCACAGCGUCGGGCUACAGGUCGUUCCACCCAGUCGUAGACGGCAAGGUGAUUAUCGAUUAUCCGACCAAGUCAAUUCUUGAAGGAAAGUUUGCGAAGGUGCCGCUGGUUGUGGGAGCAACGACCAACGAGACUCUGUCUGGUGGGAACGAUGUCGCAGCUGCGAUGAGGACCUUCUUCCCUUCGAUAUUAGAUGAGGACAUUCACACACUUCUUGGAGCAUACCCGGUGUCUGAUUUCGCCUCCUCUCAAGAUCUGCAAUUCCAGACGAUCACGGGCGACUCCGAGCUUAGAUGCGCACGAACGAUUAUGGGGGCUGCGUUCGGAAAAGCAACAAAAUCAUGGACGUAUCGGUAUAACCAACCCACACCCGGUGCCCCAGCAGCAUAUCAUGCGUCGGAAAACUACAUGAUGUUCCAGGGUACUAGCACUGGAUCCAACGGAACCACGACAUUCCAUCCUCUCUCGCCGAGCAAUGAGGCCUUUGCAGCAGAGCUGAUAGCAUACUGGCUUUCCUUCGUGCGCUCUGGCGACCCGAACACGUUCAAGCUUCCUCACUCGCCCGUGUGGAAACAAUACACCCCGAGGUCUGCACGGAUGGUCCUGCAGGCUGGGCCAGAAGUCAGUGUGGAUGGGCAGGCGGUUGUGAGUGGUAGCAAGCUUGAAGUCGAGGACGACAAAGGGACUGCUCGGUGUCGGCUUGUUGCAAGUCAGGUUCGGGGGCAGCAGAAUUGA